AUGCUUACGUUGGUCGCUUUCAGCUUGGCCACAUCUGCUUACAUGGCUACACCUGCUUACAUGGCCACACCUGCUUACAUGGCUACACCUGCUUACAUGGCUACACCUGCUUAUAUGGCCACACCUGCUUACAUGGCCACACCUGCUUACAUGGCUACACCUGCUUAUAUGGUCACACCUGCUUACAUGGUCACACCUGCUUAUAUGGCCACACCUGCUUAUAUGGCCACACCUGCUUACAUGGCCACACCUGCUUACAUGGCCACACCUGCUUAUAUGGCUACACCUGCUUACAUGGCCACACCUGCUUAUAUGGCCACACCUGCUUAUAUGGCCACACCUGCUUACAUGGCCACAUCUGCUUAUAUGUCCACACCUGCUUACAUGGCCACACCUGCUUACAUGGCCGCACCUGCUUAUAUGGCUACACCUGCUUACAUGGCCACACCUGCUUACAUGGCUACACCUGCUUACAUGGCUACACCUGCUUAUAUGGCCAUAUCUGCUUAUAUGGCCACAUCUGCUUACAUGGCCACACCUGCUUACAUGGCCGCACCUGCUUUCACGACUACACCUGCUUACAUGGCCACACACCUCCUUACACGGCCACACCUGCUUGCAACGUAUUUAUUGCAGAAUCAGUUGCUGUUGGUGAUAAUAGAUCAUCUGACAUAA